CUUACAAGAUUUGAAGAUUUGUUGGCAACGGAGAGACAGAGACACUUGCGGCUCCCCUAUCCCUCCACCACCUGACUUUUACAGUGGCGAGUAACUCCCUGUCUCUUCCUCCAAGUUACCAAAUGCUCCUUCCACGACACUCAAAACUCCUUCUUUACUGUAAGUCGCGAACCAGUCACUUGCACCUUCUAGUUACGAAGCUCUUCCCAGUUCCCCCCAGUUUCAGUUUUGACAGAUCUAUCGCGAACGGUUAGCCAAGGGAAUUCCCAUAUCCUUCCACCACAGUUUUUUCUCCCUACUGCGAUGAAGAAAAGCUCGAUAUCCAUGUUGAGAAACGACGGCGAUGUCCUCUUAGCGCAGUUGCAGAAGAGGAAGUCGAUAGUGAGGGAUAAGGUGGAUUCUCUUGUGCCCAAGUUGUCUCGGAGAACAAGGAAUGAUGACGAUGACCCAGCAGAGUUUCUGAGAGAUAUCCCAGCAGACCUUGAGGAAGGGGAGGUUGAUGACAAUGAAGAUGAUGAUGAGGAGGAGGAGGCAGCACGUUCCGGCGGAAAAGUCUGCCAUGGAUGCCAUUUGGUGAGAGGGAAGAUGGACCAUGAAAUGGAAGAUUAUGUAGUGGCAGAGAACAGGAAAGUGGAUGGCUAUGAGCUCGGAUUGUAUGCAAUCUUUGAUGGCCAUUCGGGCCGCAACGUAGCCAAAUAUCUGCAGGCUCAUCUCUUUGACAAUAUCUUGAAUGAGCCCGACUUCUGGAGGAACCCGAAGAGUGCCAUCAGGAGAGCGUACAAGACCACGGACCAAGAGAUUCUUGAACACGUUGUGGGCCGAAGUGGUGGAUCAACCGCAGUCACAGCCAUACUAAUUGAUGGGAAGACGUUGGUUGUGGCGAAUGUGGGUGAUUCGAGGGCGGUUCUGUGCAGGAAUGGCAUGGCGACUCAGGUGUCUGUUGAUCACGAGCCCGAGAAAGAGAGAGGCCUUGUUGAGAGCAAAGGAGGGUUUGUUGUCGAGAUGCCUGGGAAUGUGCCUCGGGUGGAUGGGCAGUUGGCAAUGUCUAGGGCUUUUGGAGAUGCAAGGCUGAAGGAUCACAUCUCUUCAGAGCCCGAUCUAAAGAUUGUUACCAUUGAUCGUGAUGACACGGACUCCAUCAUUCUGGCCAGUGAUGGCCUCUGGAAGGUUAUGUCGAACCAGGACGCAUGCGACUGCAUCAGAGGUGUGGAGGAUCCAAAGGAAGCAGCUAAGACUUUGAUUGCAGAAGCUUUAGCAAGAGGCAGCAAAGAUGAUAUUUCAUGCAUUGUUGUGAUGAUCGACUAG